AUGAUUGAAACAUACAUUGUGGAAUUUCUCACUACAUUGGCAGAGCGGCGCGGCGAGGAGGAGGCUGCAGGGCGGGUGCUGAAGGCUGCGUUGGCGCUGCGGUACGGGCGCGUGUUCGAGGGCAGCUCCACGGAGGGCCGCGCCCGCAGGGUGGAGGACGUGUACACGGAGCUGCUGCUGGUGCAGGAGCACACGGGCGGAGCGCUGAGCGGCCACGAGGCCCGCUGGAUGGAGCAGAGCCGCUCCAGGCGCUCCACCUGCAGCUCCCGCAUCCUCUGUAACGACAUCUUCAGAGCCCAGUCCGAUUCCCGCAAGGUUCUCACGCUGGGGGUGGCUGGCGUCGGGAAGACCGUCUCCGUUCACAAGUUCAUCCUGGACUGGGCCGAGGGAAGAGCCAAUCAGGACGUGGCCUUCCUGUUCCCGCUGCCGUUCCGCCAGCUGAACGCGAAGUCGAAGAGGACUCUGAGUCUCUGGGCGCUCUUGCGCCAGUCCUUCCCCGCGCUCAAGCAGCUGGGCGCUCUGCCCGAGCGCACGAGUUCCAUCCUGUUCGUCUUCGACGGGCUGGACGAGAGUCGCUUCGAGCUGGACUUCCACAAGGAGAUGAUCAGCGACCCGACGGAACCGGCCUCGUUGGACGCGCUGAUAGCCUCUCUCAUCUCCGGACACUUGCUGCCCGGCGCCUGCGUCUGGGUCACUUCUCGCCCGGCAGCAGCCAAUCAGAUCGCCCAACACUUCCACCAGGUGACCGAGGUUCAGGGCUUCACGGAUGAGCAGAAAGAGAGAUACUUCCAGAAGAACACGAGCGCACACACGGCCUGUAGAAUCAUCGCACACAUGAGGAAGACGAAGACGCUUCAUGUCAUGUGCCAGUUGCCUGUGUUCUGUUGGAUUCUGUCUGUAGUCCUUGAGGAGAUGUGGAACAGGGAGGGGGAAGCCGAUGAAACUACAACUCCCGGCACCCUCACAGAGAUCUACACCCGCUUCCUCCUUUACCAACUGCGUAGACGCAGUCAGAAGACGCCCUCUUCGACCCAGGACCUCCUGAAACUGGGCAAGCUGGCAUUCGUCCACCUGGAGAAGAGAAAGUUGAUCUUUGACACAGCGGACUUGCGGUCUUGCGGCUUGGACGACGACGGCGGCUCUGAGUUCUCGGCCACCUGCACGCAGAUCUUCAAGGAGGAGGCGGCGGACAUGGAGAGUCGCCUGUACAGCUUCCUGCACCUGAGCCUGCAGGAGUACCUCGCCGCGCUCUACACGCUCCACGCCGACGCCGGCGUCCGUCCCAAGCUCGGACUGCGGCAUCGGCUGCUCGGCAAAUCCACCUUCGAGGUGCUGAAGGGGGCCGUGGAGCGGGCGGUGCAGAGCUCCGACGGUCACCUGGACCUGUUCCUGCGCUUCCUGCUGGGCCUCUCCCUGGAGAGCAACCAGCAGCUGCUGCUGCGGCUGCUGCCGGACCUGGGCUCCCUCGGCUCCCGGGUCGAGCCCUCGGACCACAGGAUCGUCCAGCACCUGCACCGAACCAUCCGAGAGCAGGCCGCAGCCGACUGCAGCAUCAACCUGUUCCACUGCCUGAGCGAGCUGCGGGAUGAGUCGCUGGUGCUGGAGGUGUCGCGGUGGCUGGCCAGUGGGAAGACGAGGCCGGAGGAGCUGACUCCAGCCCAGUGGUCGGCGCUGGCCUUUGUGCUUCUCACGGCGGAGGAGACGCAGCUGGAGUUUGAGCUGCAGAGGUACUGGGGCAGCCACCAGGGGCUGAAUAGGCUGCUGCCGGUCGUGAGGAACACACAGAGGGCUAUCAUGCACCAGUGUGACCUGACGGAGGCUUUUGUAAUUUCCCAGCAUGCACCAGUCAUGCACCAGUGUGACCUGACGGAGGCCAGCUGUGUGCUGCUGGCGUCAGCACUGACCUCAGGCCCCGCCCCCCUCGCUCUGCUGAGCCUGAGUGACAACCCCCUGCUGGACGGAGGAGUGAAGGUCAUCUCCGCCGCACUCGCCAAGGCAGAGUGUCCGUUACACACACUCAGGCUGAACGAUGUGGGAUUAAGUGUGGAGGGGUGUGGUCCUCUUGUCUCGGCACUGAGGUCAAAGUGCACCCAUAUGAGAGAGUUGGACCUCAGCAGGAAUUACAUCAGAGACUCAGGAGCCAAUCAGAUUGCCUUAUUCCUGAAAGACCCAUCCUGCAAGCUGGAUAAGCUUUGGUUGAGUGACUGUGGGAUUCGCGAGGAGGGAGGAGCUUCCCUUGGCGUGGCCCUUUGCGCAAACCCCGCCUAUUUGAGAGUGAUGGACUUGAACUCCAAUCAGCUGGGAGACAAGGGGGUCAAGCAUGUGAUGACAUCACUUGGUGAUCAGAAAUGCAGACUAGAGAGCUUGAGUCUAGUGAACUGUGGUCUCAGUGACGUGAGCUGUGGCGUCUUGGUCGCUGCUCUGAUGUCCAACCCUUCGCACAUGAAAGAACUCGACCUCAGCGAGAACCCCGUAGGAGACCACGGAGCGAAACUCCUUCGAGACAUACUGACCCAUUCACAGUCUCACCUGGAGAAACUCAGGCUGCGAGACUGCGGCAUCAGAGAAGGGGGCGUGUCUCUGACGGUAGGCCCCGCCCCCCUGAGAGAGCUGGAUCUGAGCAGGAACCCCUGCGUUGACUCCGCCCUCCAGCAGUUCUCCACAGCUCUACAGGAGCGCCUAUACAAGCUCCAGAUACUGCGGUUAGGAAUGUGUAGGUUCAACACGGCUGGUUGUGAGGUGCUGGCGAGGUCCCUGCGUUUGAACCCCUCCUUCCUGCAAGAUCUGGAUCUGAGCCAUAACAUCGUGGCCGACUCUGGACUGCAGCUGCUGUCCGUGGUGCUGAAACAACCACAGUGUUCCCUCAAGAGACUAAGGUUGAAAGGCUGUGGAAUCUCUCACCAUGGCAUGGCCGCCCUGUGCUCUGCUCUCAAGGAAAACCCAUCUCACCUCAUUGACCUCAACAUGAACCGCAACAACUUGGGAGAUCUUGGCAUCAAGCACCUCAGUGGCUUUCUGAAGGACCCUCGCUGCACACUAGAGAGACUGGGGUUGCGCUGUUGCUCUAUGGGACUGGAGGGCUGUGCUGACCUGGCGGCGGCCCUCUCCUCUAACCCCGCCCACCUGAAGUGGCUGAACCUGGACUCCAAUAGCCCUGGGGAUGCAGGGGUGAAGCUGCUGGCACUUCUGCUGAAGGACCCGCGCUCUCACUUGGAGAGACUGCUAUUGAUAUUCUGUGGGAUCAGAGAGGAGGGCUGGUGUGCCUUGGCCUCUGCCCUCUCCUCCAACCCCUCCCACCUGAGGGACUUCACCCUCACUGGAACCCAGCCGGGGCGGGGCGGGAUCCAACGGGCUGCAGCGCUGCUGGAGAAUCCGCUCUGUAAAGUCAACAUAAUCAGACUGUCCUACUGUGGGAUUGACGCCGAGGCGUGCUCCACUCUCGCCGCUGCCCUGCUCUCCCGCCCGGCCUCCAUCAGAGAGCUCGCCCUGAGCCAUAACAACCUCUGUGAUGCAGGGGCCACGAGCAUCGCCGCCGUCGUCAAGGAGACGCGGUGCAAACUGGAGAAACUCUGGAUGAGGAAUUGUGGGAUUGAAGAGGCGGGGUUUGUGGCCCUGGCCGCCGCCCUCCAAUCUAACCCCGCCCACCUGCGAGUGCUCAAUCUGAGCUCCAACAACCCGGGAGAGGCCGGCGUGAAGAAACUUGCCAGGUUCCUUAGAGAACCGCACUGCAAGCUGGAGAUCUUGAGGCUGAGUGAUUGUGGCAUGCGGAGGGAGGCGUGUGUGUGUCUGGUGUCUGCGCUCAGGUCAAACCCAACGCACCUGCAGGAACUCACACUGCUGCAGAACAACCCAGGAAACAUCGGGCUGGAGGAGCUGCUCACCGACCCCCAUUACAGACUGCACACACUGCAGUACUGA